AUGGCGCUCCCAAUCUCAAAACCGAAGCUGCCCGUCGCAGUCGAGAAGCCGACGCCCUACACCUUCGAUCUCGGCCACCUCAUGGCCGAGGACCCCAACCCUGUCGAGCUGGACCACGCAGCGCUUGAACAGUCCCUCGCCGAGCUCGCCCGCGACGGCGCCCAGUCCCUCAUCAACCAGCUCCUCACCACCUGCCCACUCACCUCCACCACCGACGGCGUCCUCCUCUCGCUGCCCCAGCCCAGCACCCGCCUCCCCCGCGAGAAGCCUGUGCCCCAGCCCAAACCCCCGACCAAGUGGGAGCGCUUUGCCGCCAAGAAGGGCAUCAAGGCCAAGACGCGCGAGCAGCGCAAGAACCUCGUCUACGAUGAGGAGAGCGGCGAGUGGAAGCGCAAGUGGGGCUACCAGGCCAUGAACAAGAAGGGCGAGAACGACUGGGUCGUCGAGGUUGACAUGGAGGCCGAGAGGAAGCGCAAGGAAGGCACCACCAUCAGGGGAGACGGUCGAAGGGAGCGCAAAGAGAGAGUCAAGCGCAACGAGCGCAAGAUGAGGAAGAAUGAGAGAAUCGCCGUCGCCAAGACCGGUAAGAAGGCUUAA